AUGAUUAUUCAUCAUUCGUUUACUCUUUGUUUAUUAGCUUUCAGUUACAAAGUUAACCUUACUAGAUUUGGUAUUGCUAUUAUGGCACUUCAUAACAUUUCUGAUCCUUUUUUAAAUUUAGCUAAAUUAUUUUACAGAUUGAAAAUGAAUGUGUUAAACUCAAUAUCAGGUUUUAUAUUUGCAAUUACUUUUAUCGUUCCAAGAUUAUACAUAUUUCCUUUUAUAGUUAUAAAACAAGCUUUUAAAUCAACUAUUAAUAACAAGGUUAUCAGAUGUGUUAUUUUAAGUUCUUUAAUAAUCUUACAAGUACUACAUGUUAUAUGGACAUCUAUGAUAGUAAAAAUUGCUUUUAGAAUGAUAAUUGGUUGA